CAACAUUUACUGCUCUGCUGUCUGUGUUCUCAUUUUGGUACCCUUUCCCGAAGCCUUCCAUUGUUCCAUCCAUAGUCGAGUGUUUGUGCGAACAACAUGUUUCGAUCAAUUAUUCUCGUGACACUGUUCACCGUGUGCUUCGCCGGUAUCAUCCACCACCGGCAGGACGAUGAGGAGGUGGCCGAAACCGAGCAUCAUCACAACAUUGACCACAAGCAUGCGACGUCACAUCAGAGCUUCAAGUUUCAUCACUUCCACGCCGUUCCGGUCUAUGUGAAGAAAGAGGACCAGCAGUUCCUGAAACAUCCGGUCGAGGUGUCCGGGCUGAAGCACAAUCUCAAGAUCGUCCACCCCGAAACCGAACACAGCCACGGCCAUGGAUUGACGCUGGAAAAUCACAGUGAGUUCGAUCAUAAACUGCACGGCGGACACGGAUACGACCUGGGCCAUGCUGGCACCGAGCACGUCGCCCAGGACUACAGCCACGAGUACGAGCAUCACUACGGUCAUCUGGACGAUGGCGAUGAGAGCUAGACUGCCAGCGAAGCUCAUACCGGUUGUAGGAGCCAAAGCAGAUCGGAAGGGAAGAGCGACCACGGGAAGCAACUAGUGGCGCCAUGGCGUGGCACCUCCUAAGCUGCUUUCCAUUCGAGGACGCAGCGAGAGAAAGUUAAAUUUAUAAAUGUGAUAUAGUCAGUUACUGGAUAAGUAUUGAAAAG